AACUUAAUUUUUUUUUUCUUCAAACAACCUGGAAACUGAAGUGCCUAAAAUAUCUUGCACUCAGUAUGUAUCAUUGUUUUGAAGUCCAAACAGACUGUAUUGUGGCAAGUAAAAUGAAUAUCCUGUAUAAAAGACUUCAACAUUGUAUUCAUGUUUACAGACAAGAACAAUGUGACCCAUUUAUUGCACAACCUUGGCCAGCAGUAUACAACCUGCCUGUCUUUCCCCCUGAAUUGCAAGCAGCUUUGCAGAGGAAGGAUCCAGGCUUUAAGAAGAAAGACAAGUCUCACAUUCGUGCAUUGCUGGUUCAAGCAUUGUUCGACAGCAUCACUAAGCACACCUGGUACCCAAGUCAUAAAAUUUAUGGAGAUGUUCUGGGGAGUUUGAUAACCCGCUUUCCAUUUUUGAAGGAUGGCAGCUCCUCUGGUUAUGAUACCUUGUUGGAAUGCCUUAGAAACAAAUUUAAAAAAGAAAGGAUUCCCUUGGUUAGUUCAUCAAUCGUCCUGGAAAUGAAGGAGAAGUAUGGGAUCAAAAGGAAGUGUGACGGACAAACAGACUCUGAGGGACUUAGUCAACAGCAAAAGAUGCUGCAUGAAAUGACAAUGAGGUUUGGAACAGACUUGGCGAAGAACAUGGAAACAUCUCUAAAUGAAAUGGCCCUAAACAUCAUCAGGAGUGCAAAAGAAGGAAGUCAAAGGAAACUCUAUGCCAAUCUCAUUGGACCAGAAGAGGAAACCACAGAAGGUCUUGUUAGGAAUGCUGCACUCAUUUUAUUGCCAGCAUUAUUUAAAGAAAACGUCAGCUUCCUCUACAGUGUAAAUAGUGAACCCAAAGGUCCUACACCAACCAUAGUGUUUAACGGCUCUCCUGAUCCCCUCAAAGCUGAAAGUGUCAGCAUUAUAAUGGACAAAGUGAACAUCAUAAGAGAGGCAGACAUUAACAUGAAACAGGCUGUGGAAUGCCUGUUUGCGGUCUAUUUUCUUUUCAAUGUUCAAUACCCAGUUGCCAUUAAGAACACAAUGACUUUUAUUCAAAAAUAUUUGCUCAAACUUAAGUCUCGUCAUGACACAAGAACACCAACACCUGUACUAAAAAUGUACAAUCAACUUGUGUAAAUUGUAGUGCUAUUUGAUAGAUGUUUUAAUUGUUCAUGAAUUUUUAUCUGCAUUGUGAUUCUUUUCCUCAUUUCAGAGAUACAUAAAGUUAAGUACUGUAUAUGUACAUACAGUACUUAAACAAGCUUAUGUAUGUUUAUAAAAAAAGUGAAAAUGCUUAAUGGAAAUAAUUUUAACAAAAUGGUUGAAUGCAAUGUAAUUAAAGUGUAAAGUUUAGCUGUUUAAUACAGAGAUGCAAUUUUAAAAUGUGUUAAUGUUUAUGUACAUGCAGUGCAAAAACAAGCUUAUGCGUAUGUUUAUUAAAAUGUGAAAGUGCUUAAUAGAAAUUAUUAAAACUAAAUGGUUGAAUGUAAUGAAACAUUUUAAAUGUAAAAUAAUUUAAAGUUUUGCUGUCUAAUACA